CGUGCGUGCGUGCGUGCGUCUUUGCGUGUGGUCACAGUUCCCGCCAUCAGCCGCUGUACCUGACUUAGGGGGAGAGAGCGGCCCCUCUCCGUCGGCCCGGGGUCCCUUCCUUCCUUACCCCCGGCUCCUCCCCCUUCGCGCGGACUCUGCUUCCGGCAGGCCCUUUCGGGGCUCCUGACCCGCAAGCACAGCUGAGUUGAUGUCUUCCGGAGAACUGGCAUAGCUGCAGAAUAUGAGUAGUUCCCCAAGAAGAGUGCAUUGCCUUUGGCACAAGGAUCAGAAUAAAGGUGAAUUGUUAUUACAUAGGGUAUUUCAGUAAAAGUCAUUGACAAAAUCUUUCAGGUGAAGGUGUAUUUUUGCUUUUUGCUUUGCCUAGAAGCAAUUUAUUUUUUAAAGAAAGAAUGUCUACUCUGAAGAUACAUGGUCCUAUCAGAAUUCGAAGUAUGCAAACUGGAAUCACAAAAUGGAAAGAAGGAUCCUUUGAAAUUGUGGAAAAGGAGAAUAAAGUCAGUCUAGUAGUUCACUACAAUACUGGAGGAAUUCCAAGGAUAUUUCAGCUGAGUCAUAACAUUAAAAAUGUGGUGCUUCGACCCAGUGGAGCAAAACAAAGCCGUCUAAUGUUAACUCUACAAGAUAACAGCUUCUUGUCUAUUGAUAAAGUGCCAAGUAAGGAUGCAGAGGAAAUGAGGUUGUUUCUAGAUGCAGUCCAUCAAAACAGACUUCAUGCAGCCAUGAAACCUUCUCAGGGUUCUGGUAAUUUUGGAGCUGUUCUGGGCAGCAGAGCCUCACAGAAGGAAACCAACAGGCAGCUUUCUUACUCUGACAAUCAGGCCUCUUCAAAAAGAGGAAGUUUGGAGACUAAAGACGAUAUUCCAUUUCGAAAGGUUCUUGGUAAUCCAGGUAGAGGAUCGAUUAAGACUGCAGCAGGAAGUGGAAUAACUGUCACCCGGAGUGUCCCCUCUUUGACGUCGACAUCAACACCUCUUAGGUCAGGGGUAUUAGAAAAUAGGACUGAAAAAAGGAAAAGAAUGCUAUCAUCGGGAUCAGAGUUAAAUGAAGAUUACCCUAAGGAAAAUGAUUCAUCAUCCAACAACAAGGCCAUGACAGAUCCCUCAAGAAAGUAUUUAAUCAGCAGUCGAGAGAAGCAACUGAGUUUGAAGCAGUCAGAAGAGAAUAGGACACCAGGGCUUUUGCCUUUGCAGUCCUCAUCCUUUUAUGGCAGCAGAGCUGGAUCCAAGGACUACUCUUCUGGCAGCACUAACCUAGACAGGACUAAUGUUUCAAGCCAAACUCCCUCUGCCAAAAGAAGUUUGGGAUUUCUUCCUCAGCCAGCUCCUCUUUCUGUUAAAAAACUGAGGUGUAACCAGGAUUACACUGGCUGGAACAAACCAAGAGUGCCCCUUUCCUCUCACCAACAGCAACAACUGCAAGGCUUCUCCAACUUGGGAAAUACCUGCUAUAUGAAUGCUAUUUUACAGUCUCUCUUUUCACUUCAAUCAUUUGCAAAUGACUUGCUUAAGCAAGGUAUACCAUGGAAGAAAAUUCCACUUAAUGCACUUAUCAGACGCUUUGCACACUUGCUUGUUAAAAAAGAUAUCUGUAAUUCAGAGACCAAAAAAGAUUUACUCAAGAAGGUUAAAAAUGCCAUUUCAGCUACAGCAGAGAGAUUCUCUGGUUAUAUGCAGAAUGAUGCUCAUGAAUUUUUAAGUCAGUGCUUAGACCAGCUGAAAGAGGAUAUGGAAAAAUUAAAUAAAACUUGGAAGACUGAACCUGUUCCUGGAGAAGAUAAUUCACCAGAUAUUUCAGCCACCAGAGUAUACACUUGCCCUGUAAUUACUAAUUUGGAGUUUGAGGUUCAGCACUCCAUCAUCUGUAAAGCAUGUGGAGAGAUUAUUCCCAAAAGAGAACAAUUUAAUGACCUCUCUAUUGAUCUUCCUCGAAGGAAAAAGCCACUCCCUCCUCGUUCAAUUCAGGAUUCCCUUGAUCUUUUCUUUAGAGCAGAAGAACUUGAGUAUUCCUGUGAGAAGUGUGGUGGGAAGUGUGCUAUUGUCAGGCACAAAUUUAACAGACUACCCAGGAUCCUCAUUCUUCAUUUGAAACGAUACAGCUUCAAUGUUGCUCUCUCACUUAACAACAAGAUUGGGCAGCAAGUCAUCAUUCCAAGAUACCUGACCCUGUCAUCUCAUUGCACUGAAAAUACAAAACCACCCUUCACCCUUGGUUGGAGUGCACAUAUGGCAAUUUCUAGACCAUUGAAAGCCUCUCAAAUGGUGAAUUCCUGCAUCACCAGCCCUUCUACACCUUCAAAGAAUUUCACCUUCAAAUCCAAGAGCUCCUUGGCUUUAUGCCUUGAUUCAGACAGUGAGGAUGAGCUAAAACGCUCUGUGGCCCUUUGCCAGAGACUUUGUGAAAUGUCAGGCUGUGAACAUCAGCAGGAAGACUUGGAAAAAGAAUCAAAAUCAUGCAGAAUAGAGCCUGAUAAAUCUGAAUUGGAAAACUCAGGAUAUGAUGGGAUAAGCGAAGAAGAGCUUCUAGCAGCAGUUUUAGAGAUAAGUAAGAGAGAAGCUUCACCAUCUCUGAGUCAUGAAGAUGAUGAUAAACCAACCAGCAGCCCAGAUACUGGAUUUGCAGAAGAUGAUAUUCAAGAAAUGCCUGAAAAUCCAGACCCUAUGGAGACUGAGAAGCCCAAAACAAUCAUAGAGUCAGAUCCUGACAGUUUUACUGAAGUAACUAAAGACUGUGAUGAAAAUAAAGAAAAUAAAACUCCAGAAGGAUCUCAAGGAGAGGUUGAUUGGCUCCAGCAGUAUGAUAUGGAACGUGAAAGGGAAGAGCAAGAGCUUCAGCAGGCAUUGGCUCAGAGCCUUCAGGAACAAGAGGCCUGGGAACAGAAAGAAGAUGACGACCUCAAAAGAGCUACGGAGUUAAGUCUUCAAGAGUUUAACAACUCUUUUCUGGAUUCAUUGGGUUCUGAUGAGGACUCUGGAAAUGAGGAUAUUUUAGAUAUGGAGUACACAGAAGCUGAAGCUGAGGAACUGAAAAGAAAUGCUGAGACAGGAAAUCUUCCUCAUUCUUAUCGGCUCAUUAGUGUUGUCAGUCACAUUGGUAGCACUUCUUCUUCAGGUCAUUACAUUAGUGAUGUGUAUGACAUUAAGAAGCAGGCAUGGUUUACUUAUAAUGACCUAGAGGUAUCUAAAAUUCAAGAGGCUUCUGUGCAGACUGAUCGGGAUCGGAGUGGUUAUAUCUUCUUUUACAUGCACAAGGAGAUCUUUGAUGAGCUGCUGGAAACAGAAAGGAACUCUCAGGCACUUAGCCUAGAAGUGGGGAAGACCACUCGUCUGGCUUCAUGAGAAACAAAUCCCCGGGUUGGCAGUGUGCACUGCGUAUUUUCCUUUACUGCUGCCCGCUCACCUUUUCUCUGCCAGAGGAGAAUUUGGAAUUCUACUUGAUGCGGGAGCAACAAACAGCUCAGGGCCAAGCAAAAGAUGAAAAUUGCAGUUAUGCGGAAUGUUCCAAGCUGAUUGUUUUAUGGACACUUCGGUCUCACAUCUGUAGCUGAUUAUCCUCUUUUCCUCCUACAAGAGUGGCACUUCCUUUGUCUUAGGAAUACGUGUUGUAAAUAUAUAUACAUAUGUACAUACACACACAUACAUGUGGAAUGAAUGGAGCCUUAAAGAAUUAGAAUGAGCCACCAGAGUAUGCCUGCUCAAAAUUAAUAGCACAGCAGUUUAGAGAAGAAGUGAAGUUAUCAAAGAGUCGAUUCACCUGAGAAAUGGGUGAAGAUUUACGUAUCAGUUGGCAUUUAUCUUUUGUGUUCCUUGAGUAGUUUGACUCACGUGUAAUGUUCCAUUUGUGUUUCUUACUAGUAAAGUUCACUGGAAAGCCAGCUCUCAAUGUUACACUAAUGACAGUUUGUCCCCCUUGUGAAGAAGGGGCAGGGCAUUCCUGCCACCUAACUUGGAGGACUUUUUUUAAAAGAAUUACUUCAUGGAUUUGUAAUGCUUCUGCUGUUUACUUGCAGUCCCAAGAAAUGGAUUGUUGGUGCUUUGGAAUGUGUUGUGGUCCCACAUUUGGUAUUCAUUGUACACUUUGUAUUUUCUUUAAAGAGAUUUCCUUCACACAGUACGUUCAUUGUAUAUCAUCUAUAUUAUUAUGGUGAUGAAGAUGGAAUCUUUAUUUUUUUCUUCUGUAUCAUUCUUCCAUGGAGCAUGCAUUACCCUAACAGAUUACAACCAAAACAAGAGGGAGGAGCAAGAAUACUUAGGGAUAAGAAAGAGUGCUAGUAUCUCUGUCUCUCAAAUACAGAGAAGUCAAGAGGAGUAUUCCUGUGUUAAAGGUAAGAUUUUGGACCACUAAAGCUAAAAGCCCUGCUGCCAGUGUGAAGUUAAGUAUAUGAGCUAUAGGAUAAAGUUUGAAUUCAUUUGCUGUUUGGUUUUGCCCUUAAGACAGGGUAGGAAAUAAAAUAUGAUUGGUUUAAUCCCAAGAACUAAGAAAUAACUAAGGUGCAUAAUAUAUUUAUCUUACUUUUUAGGUGUUCUGAGUUGAGGCUAAAUGGGGGUGCAACAUUAAAUGCUACAUUAGUCCCUCAGCUGUAUUUCAUCAGCUUGUGAAAUCACUUAAAGAAAUGAGUUUGAAAGUAGAAGUCUGUUCCCAAAAUGAUUUGGUGAGCCCAGGGAUCAUUAGGAUCACAUAUAGAGAUAAGUGUAGCAAAAUGAAACCUUUGAUAUUUUCUUUCUUGUUUUUUCUUGCUUUUAUUAUAAGCAAGGAGAUACGCUCUUGAUUCAGUUCUGAGGUAGGGACAAAACCAUAGCAGGUUUUCAUAUCUUUUCUGGAAGAUUGUCUUAAGAUUGAGUUCUAGACCCACUCUUGGAACGUCAGUGUGUUCUGAUUCCAUGAACUAUUCUGAAACUUUUAAUAUUUGAAUCAUAAAUGGCUCCAGUACUUUUGUUUAACUACUGAUGAAAGCUUUGCCUCCUACUUACCUACCUAUUACUAUAGUGAAUGAUCCAAAUAGUGUGAUGAUAGAAUAUGCAGCAGUAUAGAGCAUGGGAAAAUACUUGUUUUAAAAGUUACACCGUUUUAGAUUUUGCUUUAUUUCCACCAUGGAGCCUCUUUUGUUUUGUUUUGUUUUUUAAAUAACUGGUUUUCUCAUAAAUGAGUGGUGAUCAAAUUAUUGAACUAUUUAUUCUCUUCUUGUGUUUGAGAGGUACUGUUAAAAAUGAGUGGGAAUGAUUUGAAAUGAGGGGUGCAUUAGAGCAUUAAAAAAAAAAACAAAAAAUGCCAUGAGCCUAGACCAUGAAGGACCCUCAGGUGACCUGAUUUUCAUAGCUUGCGUGUAUAUGUGGUUUAGAAAUACAUGUGGCUUAGAAACCUAAUUUGAUUUAAUCCUCAUGUCUGGGCAGGACUUGUUAGUUAAAAAUAGGUUAUUGGGGUAGAUGAGUUAACUCUCUGUUUAUAGGCUUGCAAGUUUGGGACUGAAUUGUCCUCAAAAUCCACUGCUGUGGCCUGGCCAGCCUUCCCUCUCCCUCUACUACGUGAUCUCUCAUCACUUUCACUGCAGUUCCUUUCUCAUUUUGGUUCGGAGAAGGGUUCAUAACUAUAGACGGAGAUUUCAGCUGGCCAUGGUUAUGGGGUUUGUUGUGUUUUUGAGCCGGCUGUAUAUAUUUUUAAGUUGUAAGCAGACAGUAUAUUGUUUUUUUUUUUGCAGUGUGAUCAGUUUGCUUAGAUUGGGCGGAGGGUGUUGGGGCCAGGAAGGGACAAGUUAGAUAGCAACAGAGUGCUUAGUCCUGGGCAGCCUGCACAAUAACUAUAAACCUUCCCAUUGAAAAUGCCAAAUGUGGUUACACUACUUUAAGUGACAUGUAAUUGGAACUUGACAGCACUUGCUCUGCACACAACUGAUCUUAAUUGGAAUUUUUUGGAAGGGAAAACUAACCUAAUUUCAAACUUAAUAAAUUGUUGUUAAGCACCUGAGAUUAUGGAGAAUUGGAAAGUUGCCUGUAGCCAGAUGCUGUUAGCACUUUAUUAGCCAUGACUAUAAUUUCAGCUAUGAGAAGAUAACCUGUUUCGUAGGGAAUAUAUUUGUGUGUACACAGCCACAAGUUUGGUCUCAGCAGAAUAGAAUAAGAGGCAAAUCCAUGAAUUGUUCUAUUUAUAUUUUGAUUCCAAGAGUUAAUUGUUUACUUGCCAUGGUCUGUUAAUUUCAGGCCUAACUUAAUGGCUCAAUAACAAAUAUAACAACAGUAAAUGUGUUUACAUUUUAAGAAGUAUGCAGUGUGAUAGUACAGAUCAGUUAACUAUCUCUGGGAGGCAAAUGUUAGACUACAGAUUUCUAUUCUCUCUUGUAUCAAGUGUACAAUUCUUACAAAAGAGAAGCUUUAAGAAUUUGAACCUUCAGCAAGUGAAUUCAUGAAUUUACUUAUUUUUCCAUACUGCAGUUACCAUUAUGUAACUUUAUAAAUACAGCUCUACACCUGCAUAGCUACAAAUAUAGUUGUAUAAUGAAAAAUAUUUGGAAAUGCUUAAAUUAAAGAGAUUCCUGGCAGUGACUCUAUACAGUUGAGUAUUAUAAGUGUAAAAAAGAAAAAAAAAAAGGCAUGGUGAGGGGAUUGGAAACAGAAAAGGUAGUUUGGAAACUCAUUUGUGAUCUACUAAAGAGAUUAUAUUAAAACAAAUACUACCCUUUUUCUUCUCUCUCCUCUGAAAUGACUGCAAUCAAUGCUUAGUCAUCCAGCCUUUUUUUUUUCUGUUUAAUUAACCUCCGUUUAAGUGGUCUUUUGUUUUAAAUUCGGAAAACAGAGCUAGCUUUCCCAGUACAUGUCGGUCUUGUAUAUAUGGAGAUUUUUUGAAAAAUCGCCAACAACCCAGUACCGGACGCAAGUCUCAGAAAAGUGUCUCCCCAACUACGUCCUUUUCCUCCUUCCCAUUGUGUUUUACACUGAUGAUGCUCUUAAGUUUACAAAAACUAAACAGUUUCUGCCCUUUAACACCCUUCUAAUGCAUUACUUCAAAAUUCUAAUUUUGUCUCUGUUGAUGUGUCUUAUUAACAUCUGAAAAAUAUAUAUAUUUUAUUGGAAAACUAGUCUGUUCACCUUGAGAGUUGUGACAAUUCUUUUGCUGUGUCUCACCAGUCAUUGACUCCCUCGUGGCAUGCUCUGAUUACGAGACUUCAGGCAGUCUCUUUCAUUGUAUCAUAUUUAUAUACAAAAACUUUUCCUUUCUGUGUGUACUGUAUGUCUGAGAUUUUGAAAUUAUUAACAAAAAGUGUGUCAGUAUGAACAUAGGCAGUUGAUUUUAGUAACAUUGGACCUAAAAUACAGAGAUUUGAAGUAUAGGCAUGUCCACUGGUGUAAGAAUAGAGUGGAUGAGGGUCUGGAUCAGGACCCAAGUUCAUUAGCUCGAAUACCAAAACAGUGAAGAGACAGACCAUACAUGGUUUGUGCACACCUCUUGUCCCCAGGUUUCCCUCCCUCUGAGCUUUUCCUUUCAUCCCCGACUUCUCUGGCCUGUUGUCAGUGUUGUUUAUUUAUGCUACAGAGGGGAAAACAGAGGUUUCCUACACUUUGCUUAAUUGAGCCACUACCAGACUUGCUGGCAGCUUUGGCCGCAUUUAUGAGGUAAUUUUCUUUGUGUUCAGAGUGACUGUUGAUUCUGAUUCUUUAUAUUGUUUUGUAUGGAGCGGCACUUUAUCUGUGUUUUAGCAGAACUGUUCCUCUAUCCUUUACGGUUUUUCCUUGUUUUUGUUUCCUUUUUAAAUUAUGCAUAGAGUUUUUUUGUGUGUAUGAAAUUAAAGCCUUUAUUAACCUUG